AUGGAGGCUUCCAAUUUGCAAAUAUACUGGCAUGAAUCGCAGCCUAUCUACAGUCUUUGCUUCCAGCCAAAUCAAGAGGGAAAGCCUAGACUGUUCACAGCUGGAGGUGACAAUAGAAUACGUGCUUGGCAAUUGAAUUUCGACGAACCCUCAAAGACCAAGAUAGAUACAAUUGAUUACUUGUCUUCCUUGACACAACAUGAGCAAGCUGUUAAUGUGGUAAGAUUCAAUCAUCGUGGUGACACACUUGCUACUGCUGGGGAUGAUGGACAAUUGCUUCUUUGGAAGAUCAAUGAGACCAAAGAGAAACAGUUUGGUGUUUCUGAUGCAGAAUUCGAAGAGUUCAACGAGACUUGGAGUGUUUGGAAGAGAUUACGCUCCAACGGUAGUGGAAUUGGAGCUUACGAGGUAUAUGAUAUGGCAUGGUCGCCAAAGGACGACUAUAUUGUCACCGGCUCUAUGGAUAACGCUAUCCGAGUGUUUCACGUAGCCACAGGCGAGUGUGUAGCGCAUAUGACAGACCAUAAUCAUUAUACUCAGGGUGUCGCAUGGGACCCGCUCGAUCAACUUAUUCUGUCCCAGUCUGCAGAUAGAGCAGUGAAUGUCUAUGAGAUAAUACGAGAUCAGGAUGCAGAGAGCAAAUUACAACUAAAGCUUAAGAAUAAGAUCAUGAAGUGCGAACUGCCGCAACGACAUAAAGAGACUGAUCAGUUAAAUUUGAGCAAUACCAAGUUAUCAUUUUUAUUUCACAACGAAACACUACCCUCUUUUUUUAGAAGACCUGCUAUAUCUCCCUGUGGGAGCCUUAUUUGCAUUCCAGCUGGUAUUUUGAAGAGUGAUACUGGUGUAGAGAGCAAUAGUUUACCGGAGCUGAACAAUGCGGUCUACCUAUACACUCGAGCAGCGAUAAAGAACAAUUUAAACAAACCUAUAAUGUGCCUCCCCUUUUUGAAGAAGCCGGCCACUGUCAUUUCGUUCAAUCCGAAUUUUUACAAGCUUUCUGAUAACACGAAAAGCUAUCUCAAGCUGCCUUACAAGCUGGUCUUCGCCGUCGCUACUUCGAAUGAAGUGUUGAUAUACGACACUGAAUCCGUAAAGCCCCUAGCAAUUAUUGGCAACUUGCACUAUACCCCACUCACAGAUCUUGCAUGGAAACAGGACGGCAGCCUCUUGAUGGUCUCGUCCACUGACGGUUUCUGCUCAUAUAUCUCAAUUCAACCUAGCACUCUGGGAGAGAAGAUUACUCCACAGAUCGCAGAAUCCAUUGGAUCAUCAGAGAAAACUGAUAUACCAUCGACAUCACCAGCGAAAACUAGCAUAAUAAAUCUCCUACCCGUCAAGAGGAAAAAUACAUCCAAGAGUGAACCAGAAUCUGGUAAACAGAAAGAUAAACGCAGGGUACAACCCACAUUAAUCAAUAUCGAAUAA